CCGGUAUUUCUGUGUACAAAUCUUACAAUCCAACACCCAAAAAAAAUGAUGGUCGGAGAAACCCAUCGUCUUAAUCCAACCGUUCAAGUACCACCCUGGCCAGAUCUCGAAGAUCAGACGGACGUCGUUUACUCUCCCAUCAAUUAUAAUGCAGCCGACAACAACUUCAACUGUAACGGCAUCCCGUUUUACCUCCAGGAAGCGUUUUCAGCGUUACAACGUUACUUGCCAUCGAACGAACCCGACGUCGAGUUGGAUUCCGAGUUCCCGGGUCCGGAUAGUCCGGAUUCUCCGGUGGAUGCUUACUCCUGUGAUCAUUUCAGGAUGUUCGAGUUCAAGGUCCGGAGGUGCGCUCGUGGCCGGUCUCAUGACUGGACCGAGUGUCCGUAUGCUCAUCCCGGCGAGAAGGCUCGCCGGCGUGACCCGAGGAAGUAUCAUUACUCGGGUACGGCAUGCCCCGAUUUCCGAAAAGGGAACUGUCGAAAGGGAGACUCUUGCGAGUUUGCUCACGGCGUUUUCGAGUGUUGGCUCCAUCCAGCUCGUUACCGGACUCAACCGUGUAAAGAUGGGUCGGGUUGUAGGCGUCGGGUUUGUUUCUUCGCUCACACCCCGGACCAGCUUCGGGUCGUGACCUCUAGCUCUGCUGAUUCAUACGACGGUACGUCACCUUCUUGUGCUAAAACAUUGACGUUUUGGUCCUCCCCUGGUUCUGGUUCACCUCCGGUUAGUCCACGUGCCGAGUCGUCGCCUCCUGUGUCUCCGAUGGCUCAGUCGCUGAGUCGUUCACUGGGCUCGGCUUCCAUUAAUGAGAUGCUGACUUCUUUGAGGAACUUGCAGCUCGGUAAAGUCAAUUCCUUCCAAAUAGGCUGUGGCUCACCUUCGUCUCCUAACGGAUUCGGUUCACCUAGAUCGGCGCUGAUCCGACCCGGAUUCUGCAGCUUACCCAGUACUCCAACCCGGAACCCAACACGUACCGGGAUCGGGUACUUGGAUACAUGGGAUAAAGUGUCUGAAGAAGAGCCGCUGAUGGAACGAGUUGAGUCCGGACGUGAUUUACGUGCAAAGAUGUUUGAGAAGCUGAGUAAAGAGAAUUCUUUGAAGCAGGUUAACCCGGGUCAAUUUUCUGGAGCUCCGGAUUUGGAUUGGGUUUCGGAUCUGGUGAACUAAAACAAAACGGA